CCUGGGUCCUCCCCUUGCCUGCCUUCCUGAGAGUCCAGUCUGCCUCUGCCCAGUGCCAGGAUGGGACCCUUCCUCCUCCUCUUCUCCUUCUUCCUCUGCCUUCCAUCCUUCGGCUUCGGGCAGGAGAAGCCCCCCGCCCAGGGAAACCAGUCCAGGCCAGUCUUCCUCUGCGGGGGGGACCACACUGGAGACACCGGCUACAUUGCCAGCCAUGGCUUCCCGGACCCCUACCCUCACGGCCAGAUCUGCAACUGGACCAUCACCGUGCCGGAGGGCCAGGUGGUGAUGCUCUCCUUCCGCGUCUUCGACAUGGAGCCGGACCCCGUCUGCCGCUACGACGCCCUCGAGGUCUACAACGGCCACUCGGCCACUGAGGCCCAGCGCUUGGGCCGCUUCUGCGGGACCUUCCGCCCGGGGGCCGUCCUCUCCACCAGCAACCGCAUGAUGCUGCGCAUGAAAUCCGACGAGAGCACCGGCGGGAGGGGCUUUCUGGUCUGGUUCAAGGGGGGGCUGCCCCACUCCGAAGAGAACCAGUUCUGUGGGGGGAAGCUGGAGAAGCCGCAGGGCAGCCUCAAGACCCCCAACUGGCCGGAGAGGGACUACCCGGCGGGCAUCAGCUGCUCCUGGCACAUUGUUGUCCCCAGGGAGAAGAUCAUCGCCUUGACCUUUGGGAAGUUCGACGUGGAGCCGGACACUUACUGUCGCUAUGACUACGUGGCCGUCUUCAACGGAGGCGACCGGGACGAUUCGCGGCGCAUCGGCAAGUUCUGCGGGGACGUUUCGCCCAGCCCGGUCUACUCCGAGGGCAACGAGCUCCUGGUCCAGUUUGUCUCCGACCUGAGCGUCACGGCGGACGGCUUCUCGGCCUCCUACGUGGUCAAGGACCCCCACGAAGUGGCCGAGAAGCGCCCGGUGCCCCAGCCAGAGGGUCCCGUCUUCCCAGGCUCCAAGCCGGGCAAGAAGCCCUUCGCCCCCAAGCCCAAGCCCGCCCCCAAGCCCCCCAAGGCGGCCCCCGGCCCCAAGCCCAGCCCCCGGCCACGGCCCACCACCCCCACCGCCACCACAGCUGAGGGCGAAUGCCCCCAACGCUGCCAACGGACGGGAACGAUCGUGAGCAACUUCUGCGAGAGAGAUUUCGUGGUCAUAGGGUCAGUGCAGACGACAGUGCGAGGCCCUGGGCAAAGCGUCACGGCCACCGUCGUCCGCGUGCAGACCUUCAAGUCUGGUGGUUUGGCCCUCCCUCCGUUCGGGAGCGAGAUCACCCUCCAAAUGGAGGUGCCCUGCCGACAGUGCCCCUUCCUCAAGAAAGGGACCAUCUACAUCUUCAUGGGGACGGUGGGUGCGGACGGAGUGGGGCGCCUGCCCCCCAACAGCUUUGUGGUGCCCUUCCGGCCGCAGCAGCACCAGCUCCUCAUGAACCUCAGGAGGCGCCCCUGCGGAGCCGGACCGGCCGCCCGGAAGAAGAAGACCUGAACGGACCCAGACCCCCCCUUCUCCUGCCCCCCAAUGCCAUAGGCCCCAAGGAGGUUCGGCUCAGUAUAACCAAUAAAAGAGGGCCGUGUCGCCCUACGGACUCGGUGCCUGUGUUUGCACAAA